UUUAGUGAAUUUUUAUGAGUUGAUUAAUGUACAAACGAAAAAAUUUGAAAUAAUACAAGUGAUUUUAUGUUCGGGUGUUACGACCGCGAUUACGACUGGAAAUACUCAACAAAAUAGUCAAGAAUUUAUAAAAAUAUGUCAAGAAUCUAUUAUUAAUUUACCAUGGUUUGCAAUACCUUUUUCAGAUUUGGAACGAAAGACUAGAUUAAGCCGAAAAUAUAAUAUAUUAACUGGAAUGCCAACAUUAAUAUUAUUAAACUCCGAUUUAACGUUAAUCACAACAAUGGGUCGAGAUCGUUUAUUAGAAGAUCCCGAAGGUAAUAAUUUUCCAUGGCGACCAAGACCUGUACAACAAAUUCUGAAAGAUGUAAAAUUAAUGAAAGGUGGUUUCUGGGAUAUUUCACAUUGUGAUGAAAAAGAUACGCUAUAUUUAAAAUUUGGUGGUCAUUUAAUAUGGGCAUUUUAUUUUUCUGCAAAUUGGUGUCCACCAUGCAGAGCGUUUACACCACAAUUAUUGAAUACAUAUCAACAAAUUCGAAAACGUGGUGAACAAUUCGAAAUAAUUUUUGUAAGUAAUGAUCGAAGUGAGAAUUCAUUUAGUUUAUAUACCGAAACAAUGCCUUGGUUGGCUGUACCUUACGAAUCAGAGGACAUACGAAAAGAAUUAACAUCGUUAUUUGGUAUUCAAGGUAUUCCAACGUUAGUCGUUUUAGAUGAAAAUGGUAAAAUCAUUACGGAUGAUGGCAGAUCAGAAGUUUUAGAUGAUCCAGAUGGACUGAAUUUUCCAUGGAAACCAAGACCUUUGAAUAUAUUAACAGAGCGUUAUGCAACAAAAAUGCAUGAUUUUCCAGCAAUAAUUUUGUUUAUUGACGGUGAUGACAAUGAAUUGGAAUUUGCGCACAAUGUAUUAGAACCAAUUGCACAAGUUUAUUGUAAAGAAAAUGAGACUCAGCAUCAUGAAACGGACGAUCAUCAUCGUAAUGUAUUAUUUCUAAUUGGAACUGAUUCAGAUACAAGUGAUAUAUUACGUGAAUUUGUUGGCUUAGAUGAUGUCAUACCAUUAUUAGCGGCUGUUAAUAUACCAGAAAAGAAAUUCUCUUAUUUAGAAUAUGGUAUUGAAAUUACAUCACAAUCUGUAGAACAAUUUGUUCAAAAAUUUUUAAAUAAUUCAUUAGAUAUGCGUGAUAUUCGUAUUCAUAAUUCUAGUAAUAAAUUUUCAUCAACUAUAGAUUCUGAAAAUCAAUAA